UUUAAUCUAGAUUUUAAUGAUUUAAAUUAAAAAUCGAUAAAUUUAAAGAGCCACAAUCGCACUGAAAAAAUGAUAAAAGUUCAUGUUUCUAAUCAAUCAACUGAAUAACUAAAGGGAAGUCGAUCCAAACGCAUUGAUGAAUUACGAGUUCAGUCACACCAUCCAAAAUCGGGGUCUUUGAACAAUUUCGCGCCUCACCUCUUGGGAACCCCCAUUAAGGAGACACUCCCACCUAAAUCGAGCCCAUUCGUCUUCUGCAGUUUGCCCAGGUGCUGUGAGCGGAAUAAUUAAGGAUUGCUUACUGGGGCGAAAUUCCAAAUUCCGCGAAUUCGCUACUGAUUUGCCGAUAUGUAAACCAGUGAAGACCUGAAGACGACACGACCCCAAUCGAGGGGGAAAGCUCGGAGAAGGUGGAUCAGGUGUCGUCCCUCAGCAGCAGUGACCACCGCUGAAACAGAGAAGAAAGUGCCACAGCUUUUCACCUGUACACGCACUGCUGAGUCAGUCGGUAGUGGACGACGACCGACGGCCCCUCGAAGGGGUGGUCGCCUGGGCCGAACAUGGCCGGUCAGUACUUGCGAGUUGCAAAUGACGAACAGUUGGCAGCUGGCGCGAUUCUAGGCUGAAUGCAAUCCCCGGAAGUGGCAAGUGGCGAUAAUAUUUGUGCACAAGUGUGGCGAAACUAAGUCGGACUGAGUAGUGUGGUGUGGAAUCAGCAUGAACUUGAACUAGUGGGAAAAAGUUGGUUGGUGGUUCAGGAAGCUCAAAAUAAGAAGAAAUAAGCUACUUUCCAGCGCGAAUGAUAUUAAAUGGCACCGAGACACUGAUAAGGACUACAAGGCACGAUGGAACGAUUGAUUGCUGCUGCUAUCAGACAAAUAAUUAAUGGAAGACUGAUAAUUUUAAUAGUGCCCUUACUACUGCUACCGAUCAUAACCGCUGGACCCGUCACGAUACGCAAACCACGCAGUGACUUCACCGUUGGCACGUGCACCUGGGUCAUCGAUCGGCCCUGCCCGGAUGACGACAUCAAGUUCUACCUGUUCACCCGGUCGAACCCGGAGGACCGACAGUACGUGCACAUUGCCGACACGAUGGAGAAAUCAAAUCUCAGCUCGUCCUACUUCAACCCGUCGCUGCCGACCAAGGUGAUCAUUCACGGGUACAACGCGGACAUGUUUUUGGCACCGUUGAUCAACAUGAAGGGGGAGUAUCUGAGUCGAGGCAGUUACAAUUUAUUUUACGUGGACUGGAGUUUGCUGGGUCCGGGACCGUGCUAUCCGUCGGCGGUGCACAACACUAAGCACGUGGGAACCUGUAUCGCACAGUUGGUCGAGCGGAUGCUUGAUUCCGGGACGGACGAUAUCCACCUGAUUGGGUUCUCGCUGGGUGCCCAGGUGACGAACUACGUGUCGGUCAAGCUGCGACCGUUCCAGCUGAGACGUAUUAGCGGACUAGAUCCGGCGAUGCCACUGUUUAUUACGGCUCCAGCUGACGACAAGCUCGAUCCUUCGGACGCCAACUUUGUGGACGUUAUUCACACGAACGCGCUGGUUCAGGGCAAGAUCGAGCGAUGUGGUCACGUGGACUUUUACAUGAAUGGGGGGAUCAUCCAACCGGGAUGCUGGGGAGGAGGACAAAACCCAAUGGCGUGCAGUCACCAUCGAGCUCCGGACUACUUUGCGGAAUCCAUCCGAAGUCUGUCCGGUUUCUGGGGCUGGCAGUGCAACAGCUACAUCUACUAUCUGCUUGGCUUUUGUCCUCAAAAUGCGUUCCAGGUGAUGGCAGGUGAGGACUGCAACCCGGGCACGGAGGGAAUGUUUAUGAUAACGACCAACUCAGAUUCACCGUUCGCGAUCGGACGCUGGACCGACACCAACAAUGUGUACAAAAAGGAUGCCGUGCUGAACAAGUUUGGCCUUCGACGAGAUCCCUUCAUCAGCGACAUCGACCAGUGGGGCAAGCUCGAGGGAAACUUUAACAACGUGGAACAAUUUCCCACGCCAUACUCGCAAGAUCCAAACAACGCCAACGAUGACGAUUGGCCGUACUUUAACCACAUUGGAACAAACAAACUAACCAAAGAAUACAUAAGAAAGAUAGUCGAGCAGGACAAGUCCCGUUACGAGGACACCACAGAGCACAGUAAACCACAUCCUAAUCUGAGGAUCAGCAGUCCCGAGAUCAAUAACGAUAUCGAUCAACGAACAGAAUUGACCGAUUUGAGGAGACGACUUCAGCUGAAGGAAGCCAGCGUGAUGGAGCACUAUUCAGUACCGGUACUGAACACUCGUUAGAACGACGCGUUGAAUGAAAUAAAGUGCAGUAGAUUGUUUUUUGCAAACAACUUGUUUUAAUCGCA